AUGUUGCUCCACCAGUCUGAGAUCACGGAGUCCCGUCCCAAACCCCUGCAAGGUAUCUUAGGGGGGAUUGGCAUUGCGCUGUCUGUUCAUUCUCUUCUGGUGCUAAAUGGAUCUGUUCUUGGGGUCUCUGGCUUUGUUCACCGCUCACUUCGAGGAGAUAAAGCAGCGAUGGCUUCCAUCGUAGGUCUGGUUCUGGGUGGCAUUGCAGUCGGUAUCGUCAGUAAUGCGGACACCCCGGAGCCCCGCACUGUGUCUUCGCUUCUCCAAAUGGUGUUUUCUGGAUUGCUCGUCGGUAUUGGGACCAGGUUAGCCAACGGAUGCACCUCAGGUCAUAUGAUCUGUGGCUUGUCUCGAUUUUCACUCCGUUCCCUGGUGGCAACAACCACAUUCUUCGUAAUUGCUGUAGCUACAAGCCACUUCGCUCAUGGCGCUCUUGGAACAUCUGGAUCCUUGGAUUGGACCCUCGAUAACCAGGGACGACAAUUUCUGGGUGCAAUUCUUUCCCUUGGGACCCUGUGGCUUGCUUACACGUGCUUGGCCAUCAAGAAUGGCACUGGCAACAGUUCAAAACUCGUGAGCCGACAAAUACAUUCUUGUGCUAAUCUUGUGCCAAACAUUCCAAAGUCCAUUCUUCGCUAUCUGGCAAGCUUCUUGACAUCGUUGGCUUUCGCGUUCUCCCUCUUCCUUGGCAAUAUGGUCGAUCCACACAAAGUAUUGACAUUCUUGGCGUUACCGUUGUCCUCGGCAUUCGACCCGACCCUGGGAUUCGUUGCAGGAAGUGCUCUGCCUCUGGCCACCCUGCUCUAUUGGUAUGUACGUGUAGAGCAACCCAAGCUUGGUGGCAAAUGGAACAUCCCGACCUCCUCAAAAAUCGACUGGAGGCUCAUACUUGGUUCAGUGAUAUUUGGGAUUGGCUGGGGGAUCGCUGGUAUUUGCCCUGGUCCUGCUCUAGUAAACUUCGGACGUUCUCUGUAUGCUGGUAUUGGUUUCGCGGAGUAUGCAGCUUGGCUCUUGUUCAUGGGUUUCGGUGGCUUGCUUGUGAGGUGA